AUGAAUGACACCUACCUCUGUGUGGACUGUGUGAUCCGAUCAAAGAUGGCGGCUCUGCUGCUGACAGGAGGCUUCAGCGCCCCCGGUGGCAGUUCCGCACUCUCCAUGCUGGAUCUCCAGCCAGGUUCUGUUGGUUCUCCUGGUUCUGUUGGUUCUCCUGGUUCUGUCCCUGUUUCUCCAGGUUCUCCAGUUUCUCCAGGUUCUCCAGGUUCUGUUGGUUCUCCUGGUUCUGUUGGUUCUCCAGGUUCUGUUGGUUCUCCAGGUUCUGAUGGUUCUCCAGGUUCU